AUGGCCGAAGCGGCAAAAGGAUGUUACCAGAAUUUAACUCUUUGCUUUGCAUCUUGUCCCUCUCUUCCUUCUUUUUAUUCCCCCUUCCACCCCACACCCCCCGCCUUUCCCUCUACCUCAGCAGGGGCGAGUAAAGGUGGAGACGAACCCGGGAAGUUGCCGGAGCAGGAAGAAGAAGAGGAUUCCCAGGUUUUGCACGGAACCGGCCAUUGCAAAUGGUUCAAUGUGAGAAUGGGAUUCGGGUUCAUCUCCAUGAGCAACCGAGAGGGAAGCCCCUUGGAGUCUCCAGUUGAUGUCUUUGUACACCAAAGCAAGCUUUACAUGGAAGGAUUUAGAAGCCUAAAAGAAGGAGAACCUGUGGAAUUUACUUUUAAGAAAUCUUCCAAAGGCCUUGAAUCAAUACGGGUAACAGGCCCUGGUGGGAGCCCCUGUUUAGGAAGUGAAAGACGACCCAAAGGGAAGACAGUACAAAAAAGAAAACCAAAGGGAGAUAGAUGCUACAACUGUGGUGGCCUCGACCACCACGCUAAAGAAUGUAGUCUACCUCCGCAGCCAAAGAAGUGCCAUUACUGUCAGAGCAUCAUGCACAUGGUGGCUAACUGCCCCCAUAAAACUGUCUCGCAGCCCACUAGUUCUCAGGGAAGACAUGAAACCGAACCACAGCCUUCCACUUCUGCCUUCCUGAGAGAAGGGGGAGGAACGCACGGCUUCUCGUCUCCAUCGUACUCUCAGGAAGGCAGGUCGGAGAUCUCGGAGCGCUCGGCCAGGUCACCACAGGAAGUGUCAUCCAGUAAGUUGUCUGCAUCACCUGAAGAACCAAACAGAAAGGGGCCUUCUGUUCAAAAAAGGAAAAAAACUUAAUGCAUUUUUCAUAAUGUUCUGUUUUCUUUACCCUCUUGGGAUGUCUACCUCAUGCAAGUACAGGGGAAAUAAUUCAUUAUCAGUAGCUGACCUGGAAUUUUAACUACUGUUGAGGAACUGUGAAUGUUUUGUUGUUUUGUUGUUGUUUUGUUUUUUUGGUUUUUUUUUUUGUUUGUUUGUUUUGUUUUGUUUGUUUGAUAGACAAAUCACUCCAAACAAAAUAUAUCUGAGCAGGGUGCAUUAUGUUUUACUUUCCGUGUGUAUGUGUGAGUAUGCAUGCGCGUGUUUGUGUGUGUGUGUGUAUACAUAUCUAUAAAUAUAUUUUUUCCAUCAGACCAUUCUCUAGAUCCCACCAGACAUUACUGUGAAGCAAAAGUGACAGUACCCAAUGUUCCUGAACUCAUUCCUAGAACGUUUCAAAACGUGUUCAGAAAACAAACAAGAAAACUCAAUUUUCUCAAAUUUCACUCAGAAACAAACCAAACCUGAUAAACCACAUAAAGAACUGAGAUCAAGACUGUUACAUCACUUGUAAACCAAAGGAUAUUUCAUAUUUUAAAGCUGCCAUAUGGUACUAAAGAUACUAAGACAUCCCCCGUACCAUCAAUUUGAAUUACUUCCUUUUUCAUCUCCAAAA